AUGUCUGCAGUAAAUGCAUGGAUAACGUACAAUGAUUUGAGGCAAGAGAAAGAAAAAAAUAUCUUUCCUCCCUUUCCUUGCACAUCUCGCAGAAUUAAUUACCGAGGGCCUCCGAACAACAUCAGUACGACCACCAAAAAGAGGAAUGUCAUCUUCAGGUGCAAAGAAGCAGUUCCCCCCAUUUUGUCCUAUAUAAAGAACUUCAAUGAAGAUUUUUCUGAAGUUGACUUCAGCAGAACAACGCGACACAAAGCGAGUUACUCUGUGAAUUUAGAAUGCAUUAGGGAUAUCCCUAAGCCAAUAUCUGAGAAUAAGUACCUGGCGACUGGUUGCUCCCUUACUGAGCUACAUUAUAACUACAGAGUUGGAAUUUCAACAGCGAGCGAAAUAAUUCAGGAAACAUGCAAGCUAAUUUGGAUAUUUAUGAAAGAACAAUGUAUACCAAAGCCCACACGAGAAAAAUGGUUAGAAAUCGCAGACGAACGCGAGCCCGCUGUUGAUACAGUUGUGGAUGAAUUCGUUAUCAAUUUAAAUCAAACUGACAGUGAUAGUAAUUUUAUGGAAACUGAAGAUGAAGAUUCAGAAGGAGAAGAGAAAGAUAGCAGAAUUUUGGGUGUCGAAUCAGUAGGAGACCCUAUAGUGUAUGAAAUCAAUUCUGAUAAGAUGUACACCAAUCUUUGA